GCAAACGAUCCCGAGCGAGGUCCAGCAGCAUCCUCAGCAGCAGCAGGGCGCUUCAUAGAUCAUCAUCACGCUUCUCUCUUCUCGCCUGGACUCGAUCGACAGCAUCUGCCUCUGCAAAGAGAGUCGCAGCAAACAUGUCGAUCAGCAAGGUCGCUUUCGGGCGCGCCGAUGAGGCAACUGCCCCAGAUGCCAUCAAGGCUGGAUUCGCCGAGUUCAUUGCAACAUUCCUCUUCGUCUUUAUCGGCGUGGGGUCCGUCGUCUCCUACAACAAACUACAUCCCGCAGGUGACAUGACCGCAGCUGGACUGGUCGGAAUCGCCAUCGCCCACGGUCUCGCCAUUGUGAUCACCGUGGCUGCCACUGCCAACAUCUCCGGAGGUCACGUGAACCCCGCAGUCACUUUCGGUCUUAUGGUCGGAGGCCAAAUUACCAUUCUCAGGGGUCUCGUCUACUGGGUCGGUCAGCUUCUCGGCGCAGCCCUCGCCUCGGCAUUGCUCAAGUUCGUCAUCGUGUCCGUGGAGCCCGUCCCACCCCAUGCAUUGGGAGCUGGAGUGAGCGUCAUGAGCGGUUUGGUGCUCGAGAUCGUCCUGACCUUCUCUCUCGUCUUCGUCAUCUACGCCACCGCUGUGGACCCCAAGAAGGGCUCCAUCGGAAUCGUCGCACCUCUGGCCAUCGGAUUCACAGUGCUGGCCAACCAUUUCAUCGGUGUGCCAUUCACCGGUGCUUCCAUGAACCCUGCACGAUCAUUCGGCCCUGCUCUCAUCAACUGGACCUGGACCAACCACUGGGUGUACUGGGUCGGUCCCUUGAUCGGAGCUGCCAUCGCUGGACUGGUCUACGACGGAGUUUUCAUCUCCACUGCCACCCCCGUGGCCGUGGACGAUUACUAGGUCUCGACCUCCCACCACGCUCCUAUCCGGAAAGAGUUCUGGUGUAGAUAGAGUAUAGAUGACAGGUUUCACUUUCUGUACUAGUCCUGCAGCUGCCCACCACUGCUUUCGAUUCUUGAUCAAUCUUAAGGUCAUUUUGAUUUUUCCAACAUGUUCCAUAGGACAGUUAGUAAAUAUGCAUAUCGAAUUCUUGUGACAGAAGAUCCAAGCAAGGCUCUCUGCAAUUUUUUUUCUUUGUUUUCUUUCCCGAUUGGGUGUUGCCCAACUAGUACGCCUCUGUACAUGUUUGCCACACUAAUAUUGAUUAUUCGAGCCAGUAUCGGCAUCUUCUCGUG